AUGAUUACCCCCGCCACGACACACCGGUCCCUUCGGGAUGGAGAAUAUGCAACCAAUCUGGACGCUGCUACUACUGCUGACGAUGAAGACGAAGAGAGGGGGUUGGCACUCGUUACCAAACUGAAGACUCUCGCCAACAAGUUCCCAACUCUCGACAAGUACAUAACUCUGAUGCGGAAGAACCCGGACCCUAAGAAGUUGGAGGCAAUGGUGAAGAGCGACCCACAACUCAGCAAGCUCAAGAGGACAGUGAAGAGGAGCGGACUCAAGAUAACCACCCGAAACAUUCAACGAGUGAGGUCGAUUUCGUUGGCGGAUGCGACUGGAGUGAACAGACUGAAGAUGUUGUUUCUACUCGUGGUGCUGUGCGGAUUGCUUGGAGCUGGUGAGUACGCGUUGUUCUUACUUAUUGAAGGGCUGGCUUCGGGCGGAAUUACAGCUCCCGUGGGCAGGGAGAUACCAACAUAA